GUGGUUUUGGAUUGUAAAGGCGGCCAAAUCCCUGAAACAACGUCGAACAACAACUGAAACUGUGUGGGAUAUUUUUUGUACGGAAUUUUCGGAAACUUUAGAAAUAAUAAUUAAUUAUGGACGCCUGGAUGAAGACGGGGAAGUUGGGGAAGCCCACACCCGGGAUGGGAGGAGCGAACGGGAAAGAUAAGAACAAAAAUAACAAGAGGAACUAUCCCGUCCCUUGGGUGGAGAAAUACCGACCGAGAAGUAUUACGGAUGUCGUUCAACAGGAAGAAGUGGUCGCCGUGUUGGAUAAGAUUUUACAGGGUGCUGACUUGCCCAAUUUACUAUUUUAUGGACCUCCUGGAACCGGAAAGACCAGCACAAUUCUCGCCGCAGCUCGACAACUUUUCGGCGAUGGAUAUAAAGAUCGGAUUUUGGAACUGAACGCAUCCGAUGAACGAGGAAUAAGUGUGAUUCGUGAAAAAGUUAAAAAGUUUUCGCAACAAACGGCAUCAGCAACUUUGCCCGACGGACGACCCUGUCCACCCUUCAAAUUGAUAAUUCUGGACGAGGCGGACGCUAUGACUAAUCCGGCCCAAUCCGCGCUACGUCGCACGAUGGAAAAGGAGACGAAAUCGACACGAUUCUGCCUCUUGUGUAACUAUUUGUCCCGAAUAAUUCCACCAAUUACGUCACGUUGUUCAAAGUUUCGCUUCAAACCGUUAAAGGACGACAUGGUUAUGGAACGACUCCAAAAGAUCUGCGCCGAGGAGGGCGUCAAAUUUGAAAGUGGUGUGUUAAAAGCGCUCAUAAAAACGUCGGAGGGCGAUUUGCGCCGUGCUAUUACCGCGCUUCAAUCCUGCCACCGACUGAAAGGACCGGAUCACAUCCUUCGGAUCUCAGAUGUGGACGAAAUGUCCGGCAUGAUUCCGGCAGAAUGGAUCGAAAGGUUUUUCAAAUCUGUGCAAAGUGGGAAUUACGAUAAGGUCGAUGGCGUCGUGGAGGACAUGGCGAAGAACGGGUUACCUGCAGCUAAACUCCUCGACCAAUUUUUCCAUUUUGUCCUCACCAAUGACGAAUUAACGGAUGGACAAAAGGCAAAGAUUUUUCAAAAAAUCUCGGAAUGCAAUCAUCGCCUCAUGGAUGGUGGCAGUGAAUAUUUGCAACUUUUAGAUUUAGCCACGUUCACGAUGAUGGUUUUGAAAUAGAAUUUUGUAAAGAGAAGUUUGAUUCAGGAUGAAUGGAUGUAAAUGUAUUUUAACAAAAUAAGUGCAUUCAAUAAAGAUGUACAAUUUUCAUAUGAAGUUUUAA